UAGAGUCAGUUGCGUAUACGUUACGCACGUCGCAGGCUCGAAUCGAGAAGGAUCGCACACAUCGACCGAGAAAAAUAUUCACAAUGGCCCAAAAUCAGGUGGAAAGUUUACAAGCAAUGUUGAGGCGCGUCGACUGGAAAAGCGAGGAAAGCCGACACGAAUUUCUCUGCCAAUUCGACUCUUCGAUCGAUUCGUUCAACGAAAUUGACAGUUAUAAAACAAUUUUUCGACGCGGACAGAUCGAUCGUCUUCUCAUCGAUUGCAUGUAUUGCCCCUACGGAGGCACGGCUGUAGCUCCGUACGACGACGCUUACGAAGAAAGAGAACGAUUCAUCCAAUUUGUGAUCAGGAUCGGCUACAGGGAUGAGCCCGAAAUUCAAUUAGGCGGACCUCGAACGAUGCGUCGCACCACGGCGAUACAUCACGCGGCCACGCGCGGCUACUACGACGACGUCGAGGAGCUGUUUAAAAUAUACGUACGGUUCGAUGCGAACUACACGGACGAUUCGGGCCUGACUCAUCUGCACGCGGCCAGCAUGGCAGGUGCCAUGCUGGCCGUACGCGAUUUUAUUCUGCACAAGCACGACAUCGAACGCGUCUGGCCGGAAACCGGCGAGACGCCGCUGCUCCUGGCUCUGAACAGGCGUCACGACGAGGCGGCCGUGUUACUGAUACUGAACAAGGCCAAAAUGCAGGAGCCCGUUGUGCGGGGAGUGUCAGCCGUGGAGCUCGUCGUUGCGAGAAACUACGAAGAUCGCUUGGUGCAGUAUCUAUUCGAUUACUCGAAGACGUUUAUGCGGACAUGGACUAGGGACGCACUCGAGUUCAUGGCGAAAUUCGAGCUAUCGGAGGAAAGUUGCGAAAUAGUCGUGCGGAAUCUAAAACAUGAGGAUUGGUGGAAUAUUUGCGUGGCGGCUCAUGGAUUGUACGAAGAAUUGUACGCUGAACUAGCCCGCUUAGUGAAGUAACAUUAAUUGAAUAAUGCGAAAAAAUUCUGAUAUAAUGAGCAUAUUUGUGAUACUUUUUAAUGUCUGGAUGAAAAUAAAUUAUGUCAAUAUUUCGUAUCGUAUUUAUAUGAAAAAAAAAAAACAAAACAAAUAAAUUC